AUGCUUUCACAGACAUUCAAAGCCAAUGGAGAAAAAACCGUGCAUUUAAAUCCUACCCCUGGAUCAAAACAUAGCACACCAUUGAAAUCAAAGAGUACUACUGCUACUGGUGCAUCCUAUGAAGGUUGUGGGAGGAAUAUCCAAGCCUUGCCUAACUGCUUUUGCUCUGUUGCUUGCAAGGUAUUGAUAGAUUCUUCACAGAUCUUGUGUAAAGACCAGAGCCAAGAGAUGAUUGCAAUCCCGGUUCUUGAAUUUGAUUGUCUGUCUGAGAAGCAAGGCCCUGACUCGGAAAGGGAUAAAAAUGAACAUGAAUCAUCAAGAGAAAACCAAGCCAUUGUGAGUUCAACACAGCAAGAAAAUCUGGUGAGUUCAGCACACCAAGCCAAAGGGGCGAUUUCGAAAGAGGAAGGGUGUCCCUCGCAGGGCUCCUUUCAGUAA